ACUUGUUCACUGAUAGGAAUGGAAGCAUCAAGGGCCAAAUUCGCGAUCUGCGGUUUGCUAGCGAUUCUAGUUCUGGUAUGGGCAUGGAAGGUGGUGAACUGGCUAUGGCUGAGGCCGAAGAAUCUGGAGAGGCUUCUCAGGCAACAAGGCCUUAAAGGAACUCAGUAUAAGCUUCUCACUGGGGAUUCAACCCAAAUGUUUAACAUGCGUGUGCAAGCCAAAUCCAAACCCAUGAAUCUUUCUGACGAUAUCAUUCCUCGUGCUUCGCCUUUUCUCAAUCAUAUUGUCAACAAAUAUGGAAAGAACAGUUUUUUGUGGAUUGGAACAAUACCAAGGAUAGUUAUUACAGAUCCAGUGUUAAUCAAAGAUUUGAUGAACAAGGUCUACGACUUCACCAAACCUAAUUUGAAUCCACUCAUGAAGUUACUGCUCACUGGCCUUGCACACUAUGAUGGUGAGAAGUGGGCGAAGCACAGAAAGAUCAUCAAUCCUGCAUUCAAUGCAGAAAAAUUGAAGAUCAUGUUGCCUGCAUUUUAUGAAAGCUUCAAUGAUAUGGUUUACAAGUGGGAGAAAAUGUUGUCCUCAGAUGGCUCAUGUGAAGUAGACGUAUGGCCUUUCCUUCAAAAUGUGACUUGCGAUGUUAUAUCUCGGACAGCUUUUGGAAGUAGCUAUGAAGAAGGAAGAAGAAUAUUUGAAAUUCUAAAAGAGCAGGCUGAACUUGCUACAAAACUUUUCUUCAAAGUUCACAUUCCUGGAUACAGGUUUCUACCUACUGGCGAGAUUAGGAGGAUGAAUAAAAAUGACAGAGAUAUACAAGCUUCACUUAAGGUGAUAAUCAACAAGAGAGAGAAAGCAGUGGAGGAAGGGGAAGCCCCCGAGGGCGAUUUAUUAGGCUUGCUUCUGGAAUCAAAUCACAAGGAAAUUGAAGAACAUGGAAAUAACAGGGAUAAUGGUAUGACUAUUCAAGAUGUAACUGAGGAAUGCAAGCUUUUCUAUUUUGCAGGGCAAGAGACUACAUCUGUUCUGCUUGUUUGGACUAUGGUGUUGCUCAGUAGAUAUCCUGAUUGGCAAAAACGUGCGAGGGAUGAAGUCUUGCAAGUGUUUGGCGACCAAAAACCAGGCUUUGAUGGACUAAAUCACCUUAAGAUUGUGACCAUGAUUUUAUACGAGGUUUUGAGGCUAUACCCCCCAGUAAUGUUGCUUGCUAGAAGUGUUCCUAGGGAUAUGAAACUUGGACACCUGACGUUACCUGCAGGAGUACGCCUUUAUAUACCAACAGGUUUGGUUCACCGUGAUGGUGAAUUGUGGGGUGAUGAUGCAAAGGAAUUCAAACCGGAGAGGUUUUCAGAAGGAAUUCUAAAGGCAACAAAAGGGCAAGUUUCGUUCAUUCCAUUUGGAUGGGGUCCAAGAAUAUGCAUUGGGCAAAACUUUUCCAUGUUGGAAGCAAAGCUGGCUAUCUCUAUGAUUCUACAACGUUUCUGGUUUGAGCUUUCCCCAACUUAUGCUCAUGCUCCAAUGGAUGUGGGUUACUCUUAAGCCCCAAUAUGGUGCUCAAAUUAUUUUACACAAGCUUUGAAUAUUUUACUUCUGGAAAGGAAAAAAGGAAAAAAACACAGGCUCGCGCACAGAGGUAUGUUUGUAUGUAGUAUGUAAGCAUAUAUAGUGUCUACUUAGGCAACGCCUCGUUUGAAUAGUACUAUGUGUUUACAGUUACACAGCUGAAUUGUAUUGUGGAGUUAUUUGAGAUGCUAGUCAGCCUUCUUUAGGGGAAGGCAGUAAGUUGUGAUUAUUGUGGGAGGUGAGACAUGAAAAACAUGACACUGUGUAUUGGGAAUGAGACUCUGGCAGUGGAUAGAAACUGCUGGAGUACUAAAGUUUUCCUCCUUCACAAGGAAAUCAAGUACUGGUUGCCAAGCAAAAGAUAUUUUAAUGCAGUUUAUA